AUGUUCAUGAAAACUGAGAGUGUUGUGAUAAAUGCACUGGAGGAGCAUUCGAGACAAAAUGCUGAGCCAGGUACCAGUGAAGCGUCACGCCACCAGCACCUACCAACUGUCAAGGCUCUGAAGGACUUCCAAAGCAGCCAUAGGUACAAGAGAUUCGUUGAAGAUGAGCUGCCGUAUGUCGCGCCAGAAACGAUCAUUUUGGGGGAAAACGACAAGGGUGUCAAACAGUCGUUUCAGUAUGUACCGUUGGAGCCACAGCUGAAGAAGCUUGUCGGCUUGCCACAAGUCAUUCAGAACACCACCACAGAGAAGUUGGCCCAGGGUGACACAAUAAGCGACGUGUUUGAUGGAACAGCUCAUUUGUGCCGAGAGAAAGGUGUUUUGUACAUUGCUCUUUCGUAUGACGACUUCGAAAUCGCGAAUCCACUGAGCAGCGCGGCAGGCGUGCACAAAAUAGCGGCGUUGCAUUUCUCGGUAUUGAAUGUACCUGUGGAACUGAGAUCAAAAGUCGAUAAGAUUUUCUUGCUGAUUCUGUGCCUGACAUCUUACGUGCGGAAGUAUGGCUGGGAGCGAAUCCUCAAACGUCUGGUGGACGACUUGCAGCGUUUGUAUACGCACGGCUUCGAAGCGUCUGUCAACGGUGCUCGAACAGUGCUCAGAGUGAAACUUCUGUACAUAUCUGGAGAUAACCUAGCUGUUCAUGGGAUCGGUGGAUUCGUAGAAAAUUUCUCUACAGGGAAGAGCCCCUGCCGUUUUUGUUUGAGCUCGCCGGAUGAGUGGCAAAAUCAGUUUUCUGAGGAAGACUGUCGCCUGAAAGACUCCGCCACGUACGACGCUCAGAUCGAAGCUCUGAAGAGCAGCGAGUUCAGUCCCUCCCUGGUGUCAGAAACAGGCAUCAAGGCCACGUGCGCCUUCAGUGAGCUGCCCAAUUUCAACGUCGCUGGCUGCUUUCCUCCAGAUAUAGCGCAUGAUCCUGGAAGGUGUUCUGCCAAUGCUACUUUCGCUUGUCCUCACCUCCAUUGUGCUCGUGGAAAAAUACAUCUCGCUGCAAAAGGUGAAUGACCUGAUUCGGAACUUCACGUGGGGCACUGAGGAGAACACUCCGAGACAAAUCCAUGCGGUGAAAGGCAGAAUCAGAAUCAGGCAAACAGCUAGUGAGACAUGGACGCUUUUUCG